AUGAUUACAUAGGCAAAAAAAGCAAUAGAUUAAGAUUAUGAGAUAUUAAAAAAGAAGAGUAUACACAAAAAAAAACAAAAAAAUUAAUACACAAAGGAAGAUAAGUUCUUAGAAAAAUAUACUUAAUAAAAUGGAUAAACAAUAUUGAAAUUAGUAAACUAUUUGGAGGUAAGUUUGUAUAAAUCUAUAAAAUUGGACAGCACUUUUAGAUUGAAAUCAAAUGUACAAAUCCCUAGAAAUGCAGAUAAUCAAUAUCAAUUAGGAUAAUUGAAUAUUGAUUUUUAUUGCUACAAUUAUAAGAUUAAUCGAGUAGAUAAGAAUGGUAGUUAUAUCACUAUUACAUUUGAUCCUAUUUAGAGAUGCUUCACGCCUGUUGAAAACGUUAUUCAGAUUUUAGGUAGAGGCAAUCAAACACUAAAAUAAUCUUUAGAAAAAUUGCAUCACAAAAAAUUAGAUUCUUCAUAAUAUAUUAUGAUGUAGGAACAUGAUUUAUUUAAUUUUGAGAAUACAAUUGAUAAACCAUGUACUGGAUAUAUAUCUAAAGUUGUUGGAGAUUAAGUUAUGACUCAAUAUCGAUUUAUGAAUGAAUUAUAUUUAAAUGCAAUGGGAAUUAAUUCAGAAAUGUUGAUUCAUCAUGCGAUGGAGACUGGAAAUAUACCUAUUCCUUUAUAUUUUUCAGAAGAUAAUGGUAGUGAAUAAUAUUUAAGCAAUUUUUUUACUUUAAACACUUUUAACCAGUCCAUUAAUAAUUUGCAAGCAUGUAAUUAUAAUGGUUAAAAAUUUCCUGCUAUGAUCACUUUCCAUAACUAUUAUUGUUACAAUGAAACUGAAUAAUGUUAUUAUGAAUAUUUAUUUUUUAUAUGGAAUAUUGAUAAGAAGUGGAUGUCAAAGUAAAGAGUUUAAGAAAAUUACUUAGAUUAUUUUAAUAUAAAAAAUGAUCCAGCUUCUUUAACUUAAAUAUAUUAUAAUUCUGAAUAACGAUGUGGGUAUAGAGAUAUUUGA